UGAAAAGCACCGUGCAAACGAAGAGCCUGGGGAAGCCAGGGCGGAGACUGCCAGAUCCCAGCCCCUGCCUGGCCCCGGGAAGCAGCUGACAGCCCGGGGAGGCGGCGCUGGAGCAGCAGCGGGGUGAUGGAGAACUUCACCGUGCUGCACGCCUGGACCAAGAGCACCAACACCUCCUCCGCGGGCUGCGCCACGGACGAAAACCCCUACAAAUGCAAAUUUGACGAGGAGUUCAAGUACAUCCUGCUGCCCGUCUCCUAUGGCAUCGUGUGUGUGGUGGGGCUGUGUCUCAACCUGCUGGCGCUCUACAUCUUCCUCUUCAGGAUCAAGACCUGGAACGCCUCCACCACCUACAUGUUCAACCUGGCGGUGUCGGACACGCUGUACGUGGUCUCCUUGCCCCUGCUGGUGUAUUACUAUGCCAAGGGGGACAACUGGCCCUUCAGUGUGGGCUUGUGUAAAAUAGUCCGUUUCCUGUUCUACACCAACCUCUACUGCAGCAUCCUCUUCCUCCUUUGCAUCAGUGCUCACCGCUUCAUGGGCAUCUGCUUCCCACUGAAGUCGCUGAAGUGGGGCCACGUCCGCUACGCCCGGAGGGUGUCGGGCAUUGUCUGGCUGGUGAUCAUCAUCUGCCAGUCACCGGUGCUGUUCUUUGUCACCACCUCCAUGAAGUGCAACACGAUUACCUGCCAUGACACGUCAAGCAAGGAGCUCUUCGGCCAGUUCGUCAUCUACAGCUCGGUGAUGCUGGUGCUUCUUUUCUGCAUCCCCUUUCUGAUCAUCAUUGUGUCUUACUGCCUGAUGGCACGGAAGCUGCUGCAGCCCACCCAGGGGACCUCCCGGAUGUCCAAGUCUAAGAAGAAGUCUGUCAAGAUGAUCAUCAUUGUCUUGGUGGUCUUCAUCGUCUGCUUCCUGCCUUUCCACAUCACUCGCACCUUGUAUUAUUCCUUCCGGAGCUGGGACCUUGGCUGCAGCACCCUCAAUGCCAUUAACUUAGCCUACAAAGUGACCAGGCCACUAGCUAGUACCAACAGCUGCUUGGAUCCCAUUUUAUACUUCUUGGCUGGACAAAGGUUCAUGAAGUUCACAGGCAAGAAAACGCCAGCGAAAAUGCAGAGGGCAGUGGCCCUGGAGAAUGCUGCCAGCAGUAACAUGGGCAUCAGUGACAACACGAACAUGAUAGUCAAGGAUGUAAAAUCGUAGCCUUUUACAUGCCUGUGCACUGCCCCGUCUCAUGGAAGAGCACCCCGCUUCGUGGCGGCAGGGCUUCCCUGAUGUGUGAUGGGAGUCCUUGCAUGCUGCCUUUCUGCCUUCCAUUGCCUCCCCAGAUGUCAGGAGUUGCUGGUGUCUUGUCUUCAACCCUGCUUCCACAGGCAUGGUACUGAAUGGGUACAUCACCUCUGUAAUGACUUUUUGCAACUAUGGUGCUGCUGAGGUGGUCUAUAAUAAUCCCAUAUGCAAACCUUCCUCCAGAUCUAUAGCUCAAACACUUCUCUUCCAUCAGAUUCACCCAUCCUUUCACUACCAAAUGAGGGCAAAAACCAGCUGUACCUGGCUGCUGUUGCAAAGUGAAGGAGCAGUCAAGACAUUGUU